UUGUUCACCCCUUCCGCAUCCACUCCGUCAGACGCACGUACCUACGUAUAUGGUCCUUGAAUACAGGAUGUAGUACCCCGCAGGACGCAGAGGCAAAGCAAGCGAAUGUUUUUUUACUAGGUCGCCUAGUGGGUAAUCCGGCCUUGCGGAAGAGGCACGUCUCGGUAGUAAGGUGUCUAAAGUCGAAGGGUGAGCGUAGUAGUUAAAGCAUGUCGUAUAAGCCCAUCGCCCCUGCGCCUUCUGGGAGUAAUAGUGCCCCUGGCACUCCAGGUGGAGACUGUUACUCUAAAAGUGUGCAUAGAGAGAGAGGAUGCCAACCAUGAUAAAGCAGAACUGCUGAUACCAAGCAUUUGAAGAUGUUUUAAAAGAAUGCCAGGAGCAGCAGUUUCUUCCCCAUCAGGAGCGCAUUCUGUGUCAACUUUCCGUCCAAUCUUUAGUGAUUUUGGGCCACCUUCUAUGGGCUUUAUACCGGGAGUAAAGCCAGCUGUGUCUCAAGCAGUUUCCCAGGGUACAUACAGUGACCUCUUAUCUGUAAUCGAGGAGAUGGGUAAAGAGAUCAGACCAACCUAUGCUGGAAGUAAAAGUGCAAUGGAGAGACUAAAGAGAGGUAUAAUUCAUGCCCGCGCACUUGUGAGAGAAUGUCUUGCCGAAACAGAGCGCAAUGCCCGCACGUGAUAUCUUGUAUUUCCACUUUUUUACCGUUGCUUUGUAUUUUUAUAUAAAUAUAAUCAAUACAUUUUUUUGUAAGGUUUAACUACCAAUUUGAUGCUGUAAGGACUUUGCAUAAUAUCAUAAUUGGUCUGACUAAAAGGCAAAUAGCAGCCCUAUGAAAUGUUUAGUGUGUCAA